CCCUCAUGAGCUCUUUGAUUGAUUUCCGGUGUCUGUGAGAUUGCUUAGCUAGCCAGUUACCCAAAUAAUUGCGGUGCACAUUUUUUGUUUGUUUUGACCAGUGGUGAUUCUAACAACGUCCUUUAAAACGCACAUUUUGAAAUUGUUCACAUAAAUGGGCAAUUUUUGAACGGGUACUUGUCGGAAUUUUCGUCCAGGGAAGUGACGCCAGCGAAUGGCACAGGCAACACUUGUUGUGGGACCGACAUAGACGGACAAGUUAAUGAACCUGAACCCAUUCUGGAGCAUGUCUACCAAUACUGGUCGCAAGAGAUCUGACGGUGAUGAACAGAGUGGAGAGCAGCAGCAACAAAGAGCCAGUCCAGCCCGUCCUAGCUUUGGGAAGAAGCAGCUUCCCUCCAUCCCCAAGAAUGCAGUCCCCAUCACCAAGCCGACCUCUCCUGCCGCCACAGCCCAGUUGGCCAACGGAACACAUGCCUCCUACGGUCCAUUCUACCUGGAGUACUCGCUGCUGGCUGAGUUCACCCUAGUGAUCAAGCAAAAACUGCCUGGAAUCUAUGUGCAGCCAUCCUACAAAUCAGCAUUGAUGUGGUUCGGGGUCAUUUUCAUCAGACAUGGCUUGUACCAGGAUGGAGUCUUCAAGUUCACUGUGUAUAUUCCAGAUAACUAUCCUGAUGGUGAAUGUCCUAGAGUGGUGUUUGAUAUCCCAGUCUUCCACCCACUAGUGGACCCUGUUUCAGGAGAGCUUGAUGUCAGGAGAGCCUUCACCAAGUGGAGGCGUAAUCACAACCACAUCUGGCAAGUCCUGAUGUAUGCACGCACGGUGUUCUACAAGAUCAACACUAUGGAACCACUCAACCCAGAAGCUGCUGUGCUGUACGACAAGGAUGUGCAGUUGUUCAAAAGCAAGGUGAUAGACAGCGUCAAACUAUGCAACAGUCACCUCUUCGACCAGCCCAAGAUGGACGAUCCUUAUGCAAUAAGUUUCUCUUCAUGGAACCCAGCGAUCCACGACGAGGCGAAGGAACGGAUGUUCACACAUAAAAGACGGCCUGAGGAUCACCACAAGGGGCUGCAGGUGUCAGGACUGUCUUGGGUGAAGCCCGGAUCCACACAACCCUUUAGCAAAGAUGACAACCCUCCCCAGAGCUGAGCUGAUCCUGCAGUCUGAGUCAGCAGCCACUAGUGGAAGAUGCAGAGCAGAAUGCCACGCCACAGACUAGCUUCAGCAGCCGUUCAGUCAUAUGAAUAGGAACUGAACAAGUUGAAUGUACUUAAUUUUACGUUGCAACACUUGUGCUCAGCUUUAAAAGCAUUAUAGGCAUCUUGUGCUCAAACAGCUAUAGAACAAAAAUGUGUAUAUUAUGUAAGUAAAUCAACAAUGACAACUGGUUGACUUAGUAACACAGACUACAAUGCAAUCAGAGCUUUUUCCCUUUAUUUUCUUCUCUGCUCUUUGCACAUGCUUGGGUUUGGUCUAUGAAGAUAAUCACUCAAAGCUGUUUGAAAGGUGAGAAUAAAAAUCAUCAUUAAUUAUAAAUAUACUGUAUGGGUGGACUAUGGAUUCAUGACCGCUUGUUAAGGUGGGCUCAGGACAGUUGUUUAUUAUUGGGACUGAAGAUGGACUCUAACCUUGGGUGUUCUUUUUCCCCCCAAACAUAUUUGACUGAAAUCAAAUUAGAGCAGCACUACAUUUUUGGGGCGAGGGAAAUUUUCCUUCUUUUGGAUUACGGUUUAGUGUCUUAUAUUUCUCUUUACUGUGUAAACUAUAGGUAAGAUGGAUAAUAUAUAUUGCAGACUGAGCAGCAGGCAAGUGUGGUUUUAAUUAAUAUGCUAAGUUAAAUAAUCACAUGCAUCUUUACGUUGCUUUUAAUUCUUUUUGAAUGUUCUAUUUACCCUUAUUGAGCUGAUUUAAAGGUUGUGUAAAUAUAAAACAUGUCUGCUGUGGGAAUGGCAGCCCUCCAGACAACAUUGUUUUGCUCAAAGCUGUUGGAUAUUUGGCACAAUUUAUAUUGCUGUGAAAUGAUGUAAACGCAUGCUGCCGUCUGGACUGUUGAAUUUGGCAAAACAAUGUGUACUUAUACUUCUCAUUUUAACUUUCCUAUAUGGAACCCAAACCUCAGUCAACAGUUUGUGCUGUAUAGGCAAUGAGUUUCGAAAGCUUUUCUUUGAAAGGAAAUAAACACAAUGCAUAUCAA